AUGAAUUUAUUGCGUUUGUUGAAAUUGAUUUGGUCCACCCUAAUAUAUAUUUCCUUUAACCACAAAAAUAUAUCUCUUAAUGUCUCCUUUUACAGUUCCCCAGAUAAUCCCAUAAUUCAAACAAAUUCGGGUAAAAUUAAAGGACAAUUAGCGGAAACGAUAUAUGGUGAUAAAUACUAUUAUUUCGAUGGAGUUCCAUAUGGUCAACCACCAGUUGGUGAAAAUAGAUUUAAAGCACCACGGCCCAUUUUGAAAUGGUCAGGUAUUAAGGACUGUACAAAACAACCGAAUAAAUCGCUACAAUUCAAUGGACGUGUCAACGAGGUACAAGGAUCAGAGGAUUGCCUUUAUCUUAGCAUAAAUGUCAAGAAAUUACAUACACACCCCAAACUGCCAGUGAUGGUGUAUCUACAUGGUGGCGGUUUUAAUGGAGGCGAUUCCACCCGACGAGCCUGGGGACCAGAUUAUUUUAUGAUGAAGGAUGUUAUACUUAUCUCUGUGGGUUAUCGUUUGGGGGCAUUGGGUCUUACUAAAUUCAAUGACAAAUCAUUGGAAGUACCCGGUAAUUGUGCUCUUCUGGAUGCUGUCUUGGCUCUGCAAUGGAUUCAAGAUAAUUGUCUAUGUUUUAAUGGAGAUCCUGAAAAUAUUACACUUUUUGGUCAUAGCUCUGGUAGCCAUAUGGUCCAUAUGCUAAUGCAGACACCCAUUACAAAGGACCUAUUCCACAAGGCCAUAUUAUUGGCUGGUUUUCAUAUGGAUCUAUUUCCCCAUCCCAAGUGGCAAUAUCGUUUAGCCAAAAAGUUGGGUUAUGCUGGACAAGAAGAUGAUGAAAAAUCAUUGUGUGAUUUUCUAAGCAAAAUGGAGGCUUCGAACUUGGUGAAUUUUGAUAUAUUUACUGAAGAAGAAAAACAAUUAUUUGAAAUUAUUAAAAUGUAUCCCUGUUGGCCAACCAUGGAUGACAGCAUUAUUACACAGAAUCCCGCCAUAGCUCAAAGAUCGGCUUGGAGUAAUAACAUUCCCUUGAUGAUGGGUUCCACAUCUACCGAAGCUUUAGCUCAAUAUAAAAAAUUUCACAAUAAUCCCGAAACGUAUGAAAUGUUUAAAAAGAAUCCUCGGCUAUUGUUGGCAGAUAAUCUAAAAACCUUGCAGGAUGAACAGUUAAUACGAAAAUUGUGCAACAAAAUUAAAGAUAUACAUUUUGGAGAUAAAGAAGUAACAGUGGCAAAUUUUCAAUUGGCUCUAAUGAAUGAAUCGUACAAUAUGAUAUACCACAAUGAACAUCGCCUGAUACAAUCCCGUUUAAAAUAUGCCUCUGCACCCACCUAUGUGUAUCGUUUUGACUUCGAUUCGCCUUAUUUUAAUUUCUAUCGCCAGAGAUUUUGUGGACCCGAUGUACGAGGUGUCGGCCAUGUCGAUGAAUUGGGUUAUAUUUUCCUGCUACCAGAUGCGUACAAAUUAGAAGCCAAUACACCGGAAUAUCAGUGUAUUGUCCAAAUGAUCGAAACCUUUUAUUCAUUUGCUAAAAACUCAGAUCCUAAUAAUCGUCAUUUGCAACCGGCUCAUUGGGAACCUGUUCAGCACAAAUCGGUUCCAUAUUGUUUGAAUAUUGGCUAUGAUCGCACAGUGUUUAUGCCAUGGCCAGAAUAUGAAAAGUGUUGUGCUCGAGAUGAAGUUUACAAAAUGACAGAUAUUGUGCUGUACUAA